GAGGCAUUACACUCUCACUACGUACAUAUUGAUUAUCAAACAAGUUUCAUCCUGUCAUAUGGAAGCACAAAUCUGUUCGUCCAUGACAAAAUACAUAGCGUUAAAUUUUUCAGUUUAAUUAAUUAACUAAAUAACCAAUUCAAAAUGUCUUUAAUCAAACCCGUACCUGGUGGGUUUGACCUAGUAAAAAAGUUACUGAGCGAAUCACACACAAAAUUCAGUAUUUUGUACAAAGUAUUUCUUGCAAAUCAUUUACCGCACGCGUUAUACACUCAUUGUUCCCUCGGAGCCUCUUUGCAGCGAAUCCAAGAAUACUAUGACGCGUACAUUCUAAAACUGGAACCGUUGAGAGACCCUGGAUUUGAAAUCAAUUUGAGCAAUGCAUGGAACUACAUGGGAAAUAAAGACGCUUAUCCAGAAUAUAUGCAAUUUUUCGACAAGGAAAUCCAAUCCCGCAAAAUUAAGGGGUGCAUGUCCAUAUUUUUUCCUAAAUUGAUCGGACUAUCGUUAGGUGAGGCGCUCCACCCACUUAUCCACAUCGGAUAUGGGUUAGAAUUUGAUAAUCCAGAAGUCCUAUCAGAAGGAUUUUCUUACGCUUGUACUUAUCCUUUGGAAGCAUCUUCUAUUCUGAUCGAGGUUGAACCACGGCCUGACCCAACAGAAUGGUGCUCUGUUAAUCAACUGCUUGAAACUGUCCGAGCCAUGGAGGUCCCCACGUUAAACCCAGCCAUGAAGAAUUUCCAUGAUAAGACAGAAUUCGUAAUAACUGAGUGGGUAGAGUUAAGAGACAUUUUAGAAAGUUGGGACCACUCCUGGCCUGGACCAGACGGAGAUGAUAAACUUUUCUCCAAGAAACUUGACGAGCUAACUGAGGCAGCAAUUCUACUUACAUUUUGCACACAUGCAGAUAAAAUCGACUUUUUUCUGGUCCACAUUCUAACCGCAAAUCAUGCCGUUCGAAGUAUUCUUCCUCACUUGGAGAAAUCCAGCUGGAAAAGAAGCAUCCUUCUCGCCAAUCUUCUGGGUCUCUUGACCACUUACGUAAUUCAAGGCAGACCAGAAGUCAAGCUCAAUUUUGUGGCAGAAUACACUCCAAAAAAUGCAGACCUGACUUGGGAGGAAAUUGUGGCAGACGCUGUGUCGAGGGAGGAGGAGCAUGUAUCAAAAGUCAUGAGGACACUUGUGGUUUACAUGGAAAGCGUACCAGAGGCUGAACGAGGACCCAUCUUUACGGACGUUUUUAUCAAAAAAUGUGCCCUGAAAGCGGUCGAUGCCGUGCAGGAUAUAAAUUCCUACCUUUUUUAAAAUGCCAAUAUCUUCGAUGUCAUUACACAGAAAAAUGAUUGAAACAGAAAUACAAGUAUUAAACUAUAUACACAUUUGGUCAAUAUGUUGGCCAUGCAGCGAAAUUAACGGAAAAUUACUUAAAUUUACUUAAAUUUCCAUCUAGGAUAAAGUUGUACGUAUGUGAAGUCGUCUAAAUUUCUGAGUGAUUAUAGUGCAUUUUAUUGUACCCCAUAUAAAUUAGCAUUAAUUCGAAAUCUUUUCAUCUUUAUUAAAAGUAAGAUUUCUAAUAAACUGUACACUUUUUCAAGC